UGUUUUACAGUUCCGACAGUGAGAUGUUGACCGAAACAGGCUGAAGCAUGGCAGUACCUACCGGCAGAGCUGUGGUGUUCGUUACCGGGAACGCGAAAAAACUGGAAGAGGUAGUUCAGAUCCUUGGUGACAAAUUUCCUUACAAACUGGUUUCUAAGAAGAUUGACUUGCCUGAAUAUCAAGGGGAACCAGAUGAUAUUUCUAUACAGAAGUGUCAAGAAGCUGCAAGGCAGGUGGAUGGGCCAGUGCUGGUAGAGGACACCUGUCUGUGCUUCAGGGCACUAGGAGGACUACCAGGCAUGCAGGUUUUGAUUCCUACCGCCAACAUUUCUAAUAAUUUUUUUCAGGGCCGUAUUGUUGAGCCCAGGGGCCCAAGGGAUUUUGGGUGGGAUCCUUGUUUUCAACCUGACGGCUAUGAAAAUACUUAUGCUGAGCUCCCUAAAGAAGUGAAGAACAGCAUCUCCCAUCGGUACCGUGCCCUGGCAGCCUUGUCGGAACACUUCUCCAAGCUUAACGAUGCACCAGAGACCAAGCGCGCAAAACACCAAGACUGAGUACUGUUCACUUUCCAAACAGAUUCAGCCAAUCGGAGCUUAGGUUUGCUCAUCAGGCUUUGGCUCAAAUCAAAGCACUAAUGUGCUGCUCAUAAAUGGUUUCAAAUGUACUCCGUCCCUAUUGUCUUUUAAAUAAAUGCUUUGUUUAUAAAAA